AUGUCGAUGCUCUACGACUCUUUUGGCCCUUCGAGGCAGACGCAGUCCGCAGCACAGAAGAGUCAGACGGUAGCCACGCCCAUUGGCCACCAGUUCUCGCCGUAUGACUCUAAUGGUGGCUCUAUUCUGGCCAUUGCAGGUCCUGACUUCUGCGUCGUCGCAGGAGACACCCGUCAAUCCACUGGCUACUCCAUCCAGACACGCUACAAGCCCAAGGUGUUCCGUCUAAACGACGUGGCCACCCUGGCUACCAAUGGCUUCUCCGCCGAUGCCGAAGCCCUAGUGGACAAGGUCAAGCAGCGACUAGUCUUCUACCGUCAUAAUCACGGUACCCACAUGAGCUUGAACGCGAUUGCCAGGAUGAUCUCCACGAUGCUUUAUGGAAAGAGAUUCUUCCCUUACUACGUGUACAAUAUCCUGGGAGGGGUGGAUGAGGAGGGAAAGGGAGCAGUGUAUUCAUUCGACCCAGUGGGGAGCUAUGAGAGGGAGACUUGCAGAGCAGCUGGAGCGGCACAGAGUCUGUUGCAGCCCUUCCUAGACAACCAGAUCAUGUACAAGAAUCAGCAGCCCACGCCCGGCCGUCCCAUCCCAGCCCCCGGAACCUACGACGUGGCCACCGUCCUGCGGAUCACAAUGGACUCCUUUACCAGCGCCACGGAGAGGCACAUCGAAGUGGGCGAUGGUCUAGAGAUGUUCAUCGUCAGGACUGCACCUGCAGCAGCAGCAGCGGAAGGCAGUGGUGAAGGGGAAGCAACAGCAGCAGCAGCAGCGCCGGGAGAUGGAGUCAAGACCUCUUCCCUCGAUUUGAAGGCGCUGUUCGGUGCCGUGGAGGCGUAUGGUGGAGAGGAGGAGCAGACGGCCGGAGCGACGAUGGUGGUAAGGAAGGAGCUCAAGAAGGACUAG